CCAUACGUUACCAUAGUUUUGUCCGAAUAUUUAACCCAACUCAACAAGAUCAUGCUUUGGGCCCGAAUAUUUUAACCCAACUUAACAAUCAUGUUAUAUCCCGUCCAUACAAAAAAUCAAUUUGAAUUCGGCCGUCGUUCAACCUCAAGUGAUGGCUUUUGCUGCGGUGGUUUCGGUUGAGCAGAUUCUUGGGCAACUGAUGUUGAAUCCUGGUGAUGCUUUUCCGAAGUCAGUAAUCGAGUCUUUCCAUAACAAGAUCCGUUUCUUGCAGUCAUCUCUCGAAAAGAUGUAUCCCGUCAGAAGAAGCAAACGCGAUAAGGUGAAUGAACUGGAGUCCAAAAUCAGGGAAACUGUCUACAAAGCUCAAGAUCUCAUCGAAGCCUUCAUCUCCACCCAAAACUCCCAAUCCGUUUUCCUUUUAAAUUUUCAACGCGAAUCCAAAACCAGACAAAAAAUCCACCAAGCCCAAGAUCUGGUCGAAGCCCUCAUCUCCGGCCUCAACUCCCAAUCCGCUUUCCUUCAAAAUUUUGAAGUGGAACCCAAAAAAAUCAGGGAAACAUUCCACGAAGCCAAAGAUCUGAUCGAAGCCUUGAUCUCUGCAAACAGAUCCCAAUCUGCUUUCCUUGUAAAUCUGAAGGAAAAAGAAGGAAAGCUCGAUCAGCUGUUGGCCAUGGCAGAAGAGGUAGCAAGUUCCAUGAAAGAGGCGCCGCUUGCAAAGCCCGAAACUUCUAAAUCCAGUAACCUAGCUAGCAAGAGUUCCAAGAUUGUGGGGCAAGAAGAAGAUUUCAAAAAGCUGAAGGAUAAGAUAAUCAGCAAUACAACAGAUCUUGAAGUAAUCUCAAUCAUGGGUUUACCUGGCAUCGGAAAAACGACUCUUGCCCGAAGUAUUUUCGAUGCCAAAGAAAUCGGGGAACGAUUCCCCACCCGAUCGUGGGUGACCGUAGGCCAAGAGUAUAAUUAUGCAGAAAUCUUCUCAAAGCUCUUGGCUUCAAUCCAAAAGAGUAGUGAUAGCUCAGUGAAGCAAGGGAAUGAGGAGCACCUAGCCAUUCAGUUGUUCAAAAGUCUACAAGACAGCAGCAAAGGGUAUCUGAUCGUGGUGGAUGAUGUGUGGGAUACUGUUGUCUGGGACAGAAUCAAGAACUACUUCCCAGACAAGAAAAACUGCAGUAGGAUUGUUGUGACAACUAGAAUUGAUACAAUUGCUGAGAAAGUUACCAAGUCCGGUUUCAGUCAUAAGAUGGAACUGCUAAAGAAAGAACAGAGUUGGGAGUUGCUGCGUGAAAAGGUGUUCGAAGGCGGGCAUUGCCCUCCUAAUCUGCUGGCUGUAGGAAAGAGCAUUGCUGAGCACUGCGGAGGUCUUCCUUUGUCAAUCACAGUGGUUGGUGGCCAACUCGCUGCAAAAAAGGGGAAUGAAGAGUAUUGGGAAAUUGUUGAAGAUGAUGUAAAAGAUGCUGCCAAAUCAGAGAAAGAAACUUAUGUGGAGAUUUUGUCUCGAAGCUACGAGCACUUGCCUGCUAAACUGAAGGGGUGUUUCCUUUACAUGGGCGCCUUCCCUGAAGACAGUGAGAUUCAUGUCUCCAGGCUCGUAAAGCUAUGGCUUGCAGAAGGAUUUCUCAUGCAAAAUGGAUCAUUGUCUUUCGAAGACAUUGCUGAGCAGUGUGUUGCGGAUCUUCUCGAGAGGAAUCUGAUUUUCCCUCUCAAAUUCAGCUCAAACGGUAAAAUUAAAACUUGUGGCAUGCAUGAUAGCAUUCGGCAUCUGGCGGAGAGGAAGUCUGUGGACGAGAGGUUCUUUGUAUCAGUUAAAAAGUUUCCCAGUCAAAGAAGCCAAACACACCGUGGAGAAGUUGUUGCGGACACUCUAAAAGGUAAAGAAACUCAGAGUCAGAGGCGUUUAUCUGUUCAUAAAAACAUUCUAAUGUGCAUGGAAGAUGUUUAUGAAUCCGCCAAAUUGAUUAAACCAGCACGCACUCUUGUUUAUGCUGGCCAUUAUCACCAUCAUCCCUUACCAUUCUGUCUCAUUUACGACUGGCUUAGGGUGUUAGAUGCUCUUACAGUCCAUUUGAUUGAGUUCCCAAGUGAGUUAGUCCACCUGACUCAUUUGAGGUAUCUCUCUUUAACCUAUAAUGGGAAGCUUCCUGCAUCUCUAUCUCAACUUACAAAUCUUCUGGUUUUUAUUGUUCGUCGAUAUCCUGACAUCAUAAUCAUGGGGAAAUCCAUCCUGCCGGUGGAGAUAUGGUACAUGAAACAGCUGAGACAUAUUCUGUUGACAGAAUGUGACUUCCCUAAUCUCCCAGAAACUCAAGCAGGGGAUUCUCCUCUUCUUGAAAACCUUCAAACUCUUUCCGCGAUCAAUGCUGCUAACUGUACACAAGAGUUCUUCAAAAACGUGCCUAACUUGAAAAAGUUGGGAGUUUGGAUUGAAGCACCUGCCUCUGUGAGCUUGUAUCUAGAUCAUCUCCAAGAUCUUGAAGCUUUCAAGUUCAGAGUGCUGAAUCCCAUCCCUGGUAAAGAGAUUUAUUUGGAGAGGGAUCUUGUUUUCCCAGAGAAACUGGAGAAAUUGAGUUUAAGUGGUUGCGGCCUCUCAUGGGAUCGUCUGGCAGAUAUCGGGCCAUUCCCAUGUCUUCAAGUUCUGAAACUGCGACAGUUUGCGUUCCAAGGACCAGAGUGGAAGCCAGAGGAUGAUCAGUUUCCUGAGCUAAAGCUGUUGCUGAUUGAUUGCUUGGACUUGAAGAUAUUGAAGAUUGGCAGUUCCUGCUGCGAAAAUCUCGAAAGUCUUAUCAUCAAAAACUGCUACCAACUGAUGGAUAUUGACGGAGAAGAACUUGAAACCAUAGGAACCCUUAACCGUGUUGACAUAAUCGGCUGCAAUUAUGAUUUUGUUGAUUGGGCUAAGAAACUAGGGGAAUAUCUUAUGGAUCUUGGAAAUGACUUACCAAUUCGCGUCUACUCUUCGUGGGGAGAGAAAACAUCGCCAAAUGAUUACUGACCAGGGAACUUCGAGAUAUGGUUAUUAUGAGACUUUGAAGGUUAGGACAUUAAUUGCCCAAUCUUGUAUCUCUCUUUCCCCUCAUUUUGUUUUGAGUGUAGAAAAGUAUGUGUAAUAAGUUUUUGUUCUGUAUAUGUGUUUCAUCAAAAAUGGGAUCUAUUCCGUAAAUGAUGUUCCAUAUUUCCCACCAUAAGUGAUCAGCUUUCCAUUUGGGUUA